UAUCAUUAAAUAUCAAAGUUACAAAAUUACUUUGAUAUAUUCACAAAAAACUUAAUUAUUUAAUACCAAUCAUGAGUGAUGAAGAAUUACCUUCUGGUUGGGAAAAGCGUUUAAGCCGCUCAACGGGUCAACACUAUUACUUAAAUGUUUAUACUAAGGAAAGCCAGUGGGAUAGACCAGAUAAACCAGCUGAUCCAACAUCAACUGGUAAUGGUAAAGAUGAAGGACCAGGACCAGAUGAAGUACAAUGUUCUCACAUACUUGUUAAACAUUCUGGUUCUCGUCGUCCGUCAUCUUGGCGUGAACAAAAUGUUACCAGAUCUAAAGUAGAAGCUUUAGAAUUAAUUAAAUCUUACAGAGAACAAAUUGUUUCUGGAGAAGCAACAUUUGGAUCUCUAGCCUCAAAAUACAGUGAUUGCAGCUCGGCUAAACGUAAUGGUGAUUUAGGUUCAUUUAAUCGUGGUACAAUGCAAAAACCAUUUGAAGAAGCUGCCUUUGCCCUUAAAUUAGGGGAAAUUUCUCAACCUAUUGAUACUGAUAGUGGAGUUCAUAUUAUACAUCGGAUUGCUUGAAUAUCAAAUUGAUUACCUAGUUGAUAAUAAUCAUUUCAAAAUGAAUGAAUUGUGUAAGAGUAAAUUAAAUAUCAUCUGCAUCAUUCGUUUGGCAGAUGAAGAAAAAUUUAAGUAUGAAAUGAACAAGCAACAACAAAUCAAUAGUUACAUCAAUAUCUGAAAGCACGCGCUGAUAAUUUUACAUAAGUUAAAAUUAACACACGGCACAAUAAAUGCUGAAUUUGACU